AUGAGUGGUGUUGAUUUAUACGACGCAUCUAUGACCAGGAAUUGGGCUGAACCAAUAUCAUAUCUUGGUGAUCUAAGAGAACUUCAUUUAUCUCACUGUGAUAUUUCUAGUCCAGGUUUUCCAAUCCACGAGUUCUUUAAUCUCUCACGUCUCUCAAUUUUGAAAAUGAGUUUCAAUAAUGACAUCAAUUCUUCGAUUGCAACCCAGAUUGCUAACCUGACUUCCCUUUCAGUUCUUGAAUUAGCCGAGUGUUAUAACUUACAAGGCUCGAUUCCGUACCUUCCUCAGCUUAAAAAGCUUGAUGUAAGAGGAACUCCUAACCUCAAUGUAAAUCUUUCGUCCAUGUUUAAACGGAAAUGGCCUAAACUGCAAACACUUUGGAUUUCUUCCACUAGUGUAAACGGACCUAUUCCGCAAACCAUUUCAAAUGCUCCCAUAUUGUUUAGUCUUUCCGCAUCAGGCUGUUCAGUCAAAGGAUCCUUACCUACAGCACUUUCGGCUCUUUCUAAUUUGGAGUAUCUUGAUCUCUCUUCAAACGGCAUAACAGGUUAUAUUCCUCGUGCAGUCUCCAGUAUGAAAAGGUUACACUAUCUAUCCUUGUUUAGUAACAUUUUGCAAGGACCUAUUCCCUGUUCAAUUUGCAAGAUUACUCAUCUUCAAUAUUUGAGUUUAUACGGUAAAAACUUAACUGGCACGAUACCAAGUUGCUUCACUGAGCUUAUAAAGCUCAGUCACUUGGAUGUUAGUGACAACUCUGUUGGUGGCGUUGUUUCAUUAAACUCUUUGAUGAACAAACUCAACCUGACUACGCUAAACCUUAACAACAAUAGCUUAACUUUGGAAAUAAAUCAUCAUCAACCAUUCCCAUCUGGUCAUUACCAUCUAGAAAGUUUGGAGCUACGAUCAUGCAACAUCAGUGGAAAUAUCCCCGCUUUCAUUUGCGAGUUUAAGAAUCUUAAUAAACUAGAUUUGUCAAGCAACAAUCUUACAGGAGCUAUCCCGUCAUGUCUAUUUAAACACCAAACUCUCAGUUAUUUGGAUCUCUCGGAAAACAAUCUCCAAGGAACGUUACCACGGGUUCUUCAUUUUAAUGAUAAUUCUUUCAUUUAUGUGAAAUUAGCAAGCAACUUUCUACAAGGUUCACUUCCUGUUCCAUCUGAGAAGAAUAUGUAUUUCGAUCUGUCAGAAAAUCAGUUCACUGGCAGAAUGUCAGUACAACACGCGGAAAGGCUUUCUAACUCACGCUUUGCUUCAUUAUCUGGUAAUCAACUAUCAGGUUCAAUUCCUCCCUUGUGUUCAAACAAAUUCGCACAGACGGGUCUAAGUCUUCAAACUCUUGAUCUCUCUAAUAACAGCUUAACUGGGAGCAUACCUUCUAGUUUCGGGAACUGCAGCUCCCUCGUUUUUCUACACCUUGGCAUGAACAAUCUCACCGGGGAGGUUCCGUAUGAGCUUCAACAUACACGUAUCAAAUAUCUGUUAUUGCAUAAUAACCUUUUGGAAGGUACUUUCCCGAAUUUCAUUCGGAAACUCGAGACACUAGAGGUUCUUACUCUGGGAAACAACAACUUUCAAGGUAGUAUACCUACUUUCAUUGGCUCAUUUCAAAAUCUUAAGAUUUUCUCUUUAAGGUCAAACGCGUUCAACGGAUCAGUCCCCAGAGGUAUCAGCGAUUUGAAUAAACUCCAGAUCUUAGAUUUAUCAUCUAAUUAUCUCUCCGGUUCAAUUCCAAGCAAAAUAGGAAACAUUACAAUGUUAACAAGCAGACCAAAUGACACAUAG